CACAUCUCUGUUAAGUUUGCCGGCCAUCUGUAAAAAAUAUCAACAAAUCGCAUUUUAAUAAUCCUGUUAUUUAUCAUUGAAAUAUGUUUGGCUCUGCGAAUAAUUAUCUCUCCGGGGUGUUGCGUGCUGCUGAGGAUUAUGAUGGUGAGAACUUAGGCACCUUUUUAUCGCUGCGCGACGUUCACGUUCAGAACCACAACUUGUACAUAUCCCAGCCCGAGAAGCUUGUGGAGCGCAUGCUUAAGCCACCUUUGGAUGAAGUGGUGGGCUCGCAUCUAAAGGUGCUCUAUUAUCUAUCACAAGAGCCGCCCAACUACAUGGAAGCGUACAAUCACCAGGCUGCUAGCUGCUCGGCUGUAGUUAAGCUAUUGCAGCAAAUGAAGGACGAGAACUGGUGCCUUCCUGUCAUGUAUCGCGUGUGCCUCGAUCUGCGUUACCUGGCUCAGGCAUGUGAAAAACAUUGCAGAGGCUUUACGCCGGGCCACAUACUGGAGAAGGCCGCUGACUGCAUGAUGGCUUGUUUCCGCGUAUGCGCAGCUGAUGGACGCGCUUCAGAAGAGGAUACCAAACGGCUGGGCAUGAUGAAUCUGGUGAAUCAACUCUUCAAGAUUUAUUUCCGCAUAAAUAAGUUGCAUCUGUGCAAGCCGCUUAUCCGUGCAAUUGAUAACUGCUCGUUUAAGGACAGCUUCCCACUGCCGGAGCAGAUCACAUAUAAAUAUUUUGUCGGACGGCGCGCCAUGUUUGAUUCCAACUAUCGGAUGGCUGUAGAGGAUUUAUCGUAUGCAUUCACCCACUGCCCAGAUCGAUUCAAAAGCAACAAACGGUUGAUUCUCAUAUACCUGGUGCCGGUAAAAAUGUUGCUUGGAUAUCUACCACGAAAAUCCAUGCUGGAACGGUACGACUUGUUGCUAUUUCACGAUUUGGCGCUUGCCCUAAAAGCCGGAAACGUAAAGAAAUUCGAUGAGAUCGUCCAUGAGCAUGAGCUUGUGCUGAUUCGCAGCGGAAUUUAUCUGCUUGUCGAGAAACUUAAGUUUAUUGUGUAUCGUAAUCUGUUUAAAAAAGUGUUCGCCAUCCGGAAGACACAUCAAUUGGAUAUGGGUGAUUUCUUAUCGGCACUGCAAUUUGUGGGUGUAACUGAUGUGUCCUUGGAUGAGACGCACUGCAUUAUUGCAAAUCUCAUAUACGAAGGCAAAAUUAAAGGUUACAUAUCCCAUGCGCACAACAAAUUGGUUGUUUCCAAGCAAAAUCCGUUCCCGUCAUUAAUUUCAACAUAGACUUGUGGCACUUUAAUAAAAGAAGCUGAAGUUAUUUAAAACUA